GCUUUUUCCGGCCUUUUCCGGCGUCAUACCGUCUAUAUACGCCAGUUCCAUUUUGUUUUGUCUUCUGUGUUUGACACCGUCUCUGUUGCCAGGCACCCUUUACAGUCCUCCAAACGCUCCGUCAAGAAAGGACCCCCGUUCUGAAAAUGAGUGGAUCUCGCAUAUUCAUCGGCCGACUAAGCCCCUCGGCCAGGGAGAAAGAUGUGGAGAAAUUCUUCAAAGGAUACGGACGCAUCCGAGACAUCGACCUGAAGAGGGGCUUUGGAUUUGUGGAGUUUGAGGAUCCCAGAGAUGCUGAAGAUGCUGUGUAUGACCUUGAUGGAAAAGAACUGUGUAAUGAAAGAGUGACCAUAGAGCACGCUCGUGGACGUCUACAUGCCAGCCGAGGAGGCAGAGGAGGUGGCGGCGGUGGCAGUGGAGGAAGCCGCUUCCCAGAUCGUUACGGUCGAGGCGCUCAGAACAAUCGGAGUCGAAACCCGCCUCCGAUGCGUACUGAGAACCGUCUGAUUGUGGAGAACUUGUCCUCCCGUGUCAGCUGGCAGGACCUAAAAGAUUUCAUGAGGCAAGCUGGUGAGGUCACAUUUGCAGAUGCACAUCGACCUAAGCUCAACGAAGGAGUGGUUGAGUUUGCCUCUCACAGCGACCUCAAAAAUGCUCUUGAGAAACUGUCUGGUAAGGAGAUCAAUGGCAGAAAAAUAAAGCUCGUUGAGGCAGGCCAGAAGAGGUCAAGAAGUCGUUCCCGCUCCAGGAGUUCAUCUCGCUCCCGCUCCCGCUCACGCUCCCGGUCCGGUGAUCGUUCUUCAUCAGGCAGUCCCAGGCGCUCCAGCAGCCCGCCCAAAACCCGCGGUCACUCCUGCAGCGGCUCUCCAAGUGGCAGCGCGUCCCCCUCGAACUCCAAGUCAGUGGAUCCAAACAAACUUUCCAUCUCUGGUAUCCUUCCUCCUCCUUCUCCUCAUGAGAAAGGCCCUGACUCCCGCUCCCGUUCCCGUUCGCACUCCCGUUCUCCUUCCACCGAAAGCCAGCGUUGACUCACCCCGUUGUCUCGGGAGAAGAGGUUUGUUAAAACUCAACACUGUUUCUUGAGAAAAUAUCAAGCGUGGAUAGAAAAGUAUGAUUUUUUUUUUCCUAGCAACUAUUCGGUGUUUUUGAUAUGCAAGCGAAGCCUGUUGAAUUAAUUUCUUAUUCUUUCUUUUGAUUCCCUUCACAAUGACUAAUCCAAUGUCAUGUUGCACCCUGCAUCUCUGCCACCUCUAGUGAGUCUCCGUGGCAUUUGGGAUGCUUGAAUUGAUUCAAAUACUUUGCCUUUUUGGGCCAUCCUGUGAAGGAUUCAGAGUAACUUCACACUCCUGAAUGCCAUGUACAUGUUCUUGCUUUUGACCGCAAGCUAUCAUUUCUACAUAUUGGACAGUCUGCUCUAAGAGGUAAAAAUCAUUGUGCAAGCGUGCAUUUUGAAGGGAAUGCACGAUGAUGAUCUAAUUGGUUCGUUGAGAAACUUGCCACACCAUAUCCACUUUGGGCCCCGAGCUUUAGUCUCCUUAAAAAUAGGUCACUUAGAUAGUUGCUUCUUAGUUGAUGCUUUUUUUUUUUUCUUUUUAAAGUUUUAUUCUGAAAGUUGUUGGGAGUGGGGUGGUGGGGUUGUUGAGAGUGUUUAGAUGUUAUUUGACACUGUACCCGAUGUUAAUGUGUUUAUGAACAAUGCAGCCUUUUGUAUAAUUAGGGAUUUGUUUUAAAUAAACAUAGGGGACAAUUGUAUGCAAGACAUACUGUACCUAUUAAAGCGCUUUUAGCAAUGUGACACACU